CCUGCCAUCCUCCCUUCUCCACUCUUCGCUGGAGCUCGGCCCGGCUCGGAUGCUCACCUGGACCCCUUCGCGAGUCGUUAAUCCUCUCCCCCACCCCCCACCCCCUGCGCGAUCGUCCGUCCGUCCGUCCGUCGGCGUGGACGCGCCAUGACGUCACGCUGCCAGGUAGACGCUGAAGGAAGGUUCGGCUGGUGAGGACGAAGACGAGGAAGGAGGAAUCUCCGCGGUCGUGUGCCGCGCACCUUUCCUGCCCGGGAUGCUGAGGAUGAGGAGGAUGAUGGUGAUGAUGAUGGAGGAGGGAUGGCCGCUGCUGCUGGCGCUGCUCGCCAUUGCAAGAGGCAGCCUGGGGGCCGACACGGAGGAGCGUUUGGUGGAACAUCUCCUAAAUCCUGCACACUACAACAAACUGAUCCGUCCUGCCACAAAUGGCUCGGAGCUGGUAACUGUGCAGCUGAUGGUGUCGCUGGCCCAACUCAUCAGUGUGCAUGAACGAGAGCAGGUGAUGACCACAAAUGUCUGGCUGACACAGGAGUGGCAGGACUAUCGCCUGACUUGGGUCCCGGAGGAGUUUGACGGCAUGCUGAAGGUCAGGCUGCCUUCCAAACACAUCUGGCUGCCCGACGUGGUGCUCUACAACAACGCUGACGGCGUGUACGAGGUGUCGUUCUACUCCAACGCGGUGGUGUCGUACGACGGCAGCAUCUUCUGGUUGCCGCCGGCUAUCUACAAGUCGGCCUGCAAGAUCGAGGUCAAGCAUUUCCCCUUUGACCAGCAGAACUGCACUCUGCGCUUCCGCUCGUGGACCUACGACCGCACCGAGAUCGACCUGGUUCUGCGCGCCGACGUCGCCAGCAUGGACGACUUCACGCCCAGCGGCGAGUGGGACAUCAUCGCCCUUCCGGGGCGGCGGAACGAGAACCCGGCGGACCCCGCCUACGUGGACAUCACGUACGACUUCAUCAUACGCCGCAAGCCCCUUUUUUACACCAUCAACCUCAUCAUCCCCUGCGUCCUCAUCACCUCCUUGGCCAUCCUGGUCUUCUACCUGCCGUCGGACUGCGGCGAGAAGAUGACGCUUUGCAUCUCUGUGCUUCUGGCGCUCACCGUCUUCCUGCUGCUUAUCUCCAAAAUCGUCCCGCCCACCUCCCUGGACGUCCCCCUGGUGGGGAAGUACCUGAUGUUCACCAUGGUCCUGGUCACCUUCUCCAUCGUCACCAGCGUGUGCGUGCUCAACGUGCACCACCGUUCACCCACCACGCACACCAUGCCGCCGUGGGUCAAGGUGGUCUUCCUCAACAAGCUGCCCGCCUUGCUCUUCAUGCGCCAGCCGAGGAACAGCUGCGAGCGACAGCGGCUGCGCCAACGGCGGAGAGCCCAGGAGCAGAAGGAGGGCGGGCGCGGGGGCGAGGCGGGGGCCCUCAUGGUGGGGCUCGGGUUGGGUGGUAGCAACAGCGCGGGGGGCGGAGCCUCAUCGACGGCAGUGUUCAACAAGGAGGACAGUGACCCUUGUACCUGCUAUGUGAACAGAGCGUCUGUCAAACAGUUUGGAGGAGACCUGGGUGCGAAGGGGGGGUCCAUGGACGGUCUGAACAGGGUGAGGGAGAGUCGGGAGGGGGGCUCUGGGAACCCCCCAAGAGGGAAGCAAGCAGCAGGGGGUCAGGCUCUCACGCAGGCUAUCCUGGCUCAAGCCUGUCCCGGCUUCGAGGAGGCGGUGGAAGGAGUGCGCUUCAUCGCCAACCACAUGAAGGGUGAAGACGAUGACCAGAGUGUGAGCGAGGACUGGAAGUACGUCGCCAUGGUGAUCGACCGCCUCUUCCUGUGGAUCUUUGUGUUCGUGUGCGUGUUCGGCACUUUGGGCAUGUUCAUGCAGCCGCUCUUCCAGAAUUACACGGCCAAGAGCAUCCACAUGCCCGGAUGAGCGGCGCCUCACGCGCAUACACACACACCUACACGCACACACAUGGCGAGCACGCUGACGGGACAGUGCCCCGACCCGCCCCCGCUCCACCCUUUGAGUCAGAGGUGCGAGAGGGGGCUUUUAUUUGCUCAAAAAGGGACAGGAUGUGAACGGCAACUUUCCAGAAACUUGCUUUUGUCUCUUAAGAGAAAAGGUGGUACUCUUACCUUUGAUGACCCCCCGCCCCCUGCUCGCUCUUCCUGCAUCAUAGCCCCCCCCAAUUAGGGAGAAAAGUUGGAAAAUGUAAUUCAAUUGGUGAAUGAAUCCACCAUGAAGUGACCAGCAAACGCGAUACCUUCUGUCUAUAUUUCAGAAUAAAAGCACGACAGAUUGUU